AUGUCUCUCAGCAUAGUCCUCGAGGAGAUCAAAACUUCUCCAUCUUCGCUCAUUCCAAUCCUAUCCAUUCUCCAUGAGAAGCCUCACCUUGAUCAUAUCUCAAAAUCUGACCUCACGCAUUUAAUCUCGCGCACAUUGCAACUUUGUCGGACACCAAACAUUUACAACAAAUGGUGUGGAAUCAACAUCAUCAACGUCUUGAGCGACAACUACGUCAUCUUGGCCAAUGAAGGUGCAAAUUUCAUGACUAUGCUAAUUACAAUCUUGGAAUCUUACAACAACACCAUCGAUGUGGUUAUUUUGAAAUCGUGUGUUGAAUGUUUAAACAAGUUGAUUAAAAUCAUCAGAAACAAACCAGCAUUGACUAGAGAGAUCUUGACACCAAAGCUAGCCACCAUCAUCUCGUUGUACUUGAAACACCUUCAAUAUGCUCCAAACUUGUGCAUCAAAUCGCUUUAUCAAAUCAUCAAACACCAUCCAACCACGUUUAGACCAUUUGCAAACAAGUUUGGUGAAAAAUUGUACACAUUGAUGCAAAGUGGUGAGUUUGUUGAGUACCCUACCCAUUUGCAAACCUCCGUCUGUAAAGCAUUGGCAAUUUUGCCCACGGUUGAAAAACACGAGCCUGAAUCCAAAUGGGCAAAUGAUGUAGACAAUAUCAUUGCUGAAAUCAAAGGUGUCAUUGAAAUUUACGACGAGUUUUUGAACUUUCGUGAUGAUUCGCAGUUGAAGAACUUGUUGCAAAAGUUGCCCCAAUCGACAACUAAAGUGUUUCCCAGUUUAGAGAUUGAUUUGAACAGGCCCAAAUCACUCUUGCAGAUUAGCUCUAGAGUUUAUGUUUUAACAAAGUUGUUAGGGGCAUAUUUAAAUGAAGGAGUUUCCAGUGUCAAGGUUCCAUUGGGUAAAAUUUUUGCUUUAGUUGAGUUAAUAUGCUCGGUUAACUUGAAGUACUUGUCAUUCAAAAGCGAUAUAAGAGAUGAGGAGAUUAAGGGAUUGAUAAAGGAUAUGUUGAGUGUGAAUUACCAAAGUGCCAUAGCUUUGUUGAGGAGCCUUUUGGUGUUUAAAGGCUCAUUGAUUCCUCACUUGCCUUCUUUGUGGUCGUCGUUGGCGUAUAUUGUACCAUUGUCCAAGUCAGGUAAGGUCACAAAAGUGCUGGGAAACGAGACUCUAUACAUGGACUUAGUGAGCUGUGUUAGUGAUUAUCUACAAUUGGUUGGAAUGAUUUCCGACAACACUUUAAUGACCCCCUUUGUCGAUGUUGCCUUGGCUUUAGUGGAAGUGAGACCCACACAGGCUGAACCGGAAAAAGCUGCAUCUAUAUCGCAGCAGAAAAAGGGCAAAAAGAAGAAUGUGUCGUCAGCACCACUUUCAGAUAUUCUUUCGCAUGAGCACUUGUUUACCCAGUCCAAAUCCAAGCAGUUGCUUAACGUAGUGAGAACAUUUCUUCACCAAGUAAUCAAAAGAUCCGAGUUACCACCAACUCAGCAUUACAAGGUCGUCAAGUUUGUAGUCCAGGAGUGUGUUGAAGCCGCCGCCGCCAAUUAUGAAACCACCGUACCUGAAUCCUUCAGGGAUCUUUUAAGAGGUGCAGUAUUGAACCCGGGAUACGACAGACACAAUAUUUUGCCUAUUGUCUCAUCAAUCAUUCCUAAUGAUGAAUUAUUGAGUGUGUUCAACAAUCCUAGGUUACCUCCUUUGCCUAAGCGCAUUGCAACCACUGUGGAACUCGAAGACGAUUUAGAAGAUGUGUUGGAUACCGAGGAGACUCAGGAGCAAGCGAGCGCCAAAGAAUCUGCAGUUUUGAAGCUACUCGAAGAACAAAGACAACAGGAACAAGCUAUCGAGCCCCAAGACUCUAGUGGUUUAAUCAAGAGAGAAGUAGAGGAUUCCCCACCAGAGAGCCUCAAAAAGAGGAAAAUUGAAACCACUCAAGCUGAUUUCUCAUUCAAGCCCAACUCCUCAGUAAGCGCAGCUCCCGAAAAGCCCAAAGAAUAUAAUGUAGAGACAGAUGUGCAAACUGCUGCAUCGCCAGUACACGAUGAUGCUGAGUCCGAUUUUGAAAUGCCCGAGAUCAAUAUGGAGGAAGACUCCGAUGAAGAAGAGGAGGAAUAG